UCGUCCACCUAGAAGACUCGAAUUGGCUAGUGCAGGUUGAUGACAAUCACACUAAACAGCCUUUGGGCCAACUGAGUAGGUGAAUGGUACGCCAUUCACAACUGGCAUUUCUCAGCAUCAAAAUAUCAAAAUGCUGGUGAUCUAUAAAAGUCACAGUUGGGAUCUCUUCACAAUGCCCAGUUCAGAUCCUAUCAAAGUCUACAAUAGUACAUCCCUAUCUUCAUAUCCUCAAUGAAUUCCAAAACCGUCCUCGUCACACGCGCCACUGGCAGCCAAGGCAAAGCUGCUGCUCACCACCUCUUAAAGUCUGGGUGGAAGGUCCAUGCUCUGAUAAGAGACACAAAAGAUGCGCGAGCUCAGGCACUGGCAGAUGAAGGAGCAAUUCUAUUCGAAGGAACUCUUUCCAACACUGAAGCUGUCGAAUCCGCAAUUCAAGGAUGCUCUGCAAUCUUCUUAAAUCAGAUGCCCUCGUUCACCGACGAUUCCGAAACCAAGGAGGCGUUAUCACUGAUCACAAUCGCCAAAUCCGUCGGAGUGAAGCACAUCGUUCAUUCAACAUCCCUACCAAUCAGUGGCCCUGAAUUACGGAGCAAAUACUCUGCACCUCCGGCAUCUAUACUUGCUCCAGCUCUGUUGGGCAAGGCUGACGUUGAAAACCUCAUUCGCGGGUCCGGGAUAUCCUGGACUAUCAUUCGCCCAGGAUUCUUCAUGUCUAACUUCCUCGACGCUCCUAAAUGCUACUUCCCAUCUCUGUCAGAGGGACAAUUCGUCACCAAUUUCUUACCCUCCACCACGGUAUCUCUAGUGAGCCCUGAUGAUAUCGGUGCUUUUGCAGCGGCGGCCCUUGAUAAUCCAGCCAAAUUCGACGGGAAGGAAAUCUCACUCGCGUCCCAGUUGUUAAAACCAUCGGAGAUCGUAUCCACUAUCGAAUCUGUUAGUGGAAGGAAGAUCGAUCUAGUGUUCAAAGAAGAUGAAGAAUGGCAGAAGGGAAAUACUAAAGAGGCGAGAGCACGAGACAUAGCCUCACUGAACAUUAACGAGAUUUACGAGCUGGGUCAGAUCGUGUCGCGAGACCUUGAUGGACUGGUCAACAUUCGGAACCUUGAGAGCUAUGGAGUUCCUUUGACGUCCUUCAGGGAUUUCUUGGAGAAGAACAAGCAUCUUAUGCCGUUCCAUUCCACAUGAUUUUCUACUGAAGGCGAUGCAUGUGUUACUAGAUGUGCGAGAAUCAAAUCGUUGACUAGCAAAUGGAGAG